GAAGAGGCUUUGCAAUCUCACGCGAUUGGGCUUCCAUGUGGUCAAACUGAGAAACUUGCAAAUCGUCUUCGUCGUAUUCUGACAGAGUAUCCGUGUGAAAAGGAAAUUUUGAAGGAACUUGUUCAAAAUGCAGAUGAUGCACAGGCGACUGAAAUUUGCUUCAUCAAAGACCCGCGGUACCACCCUAAGGAAAGGAUCUUCGAAGACAGUUGGCAACCACUGCAAGGUCCUGCGUUGUGCGUCUACAACAACAAGCCCUUUACAAAGGCAGACAUAGAUGGGAUACAGAACCUUGGCGAAGGAAGCAAGGGGGGUGAUCCUUGUAAAACUGGCGAGUAUGGGGUUGGGUUCAACGCUGUCUACCACUUGACUGAUGCGCCCUCAUUCAUUUCAAAAGGAGGAGAUGUUGGAGACGUUUUGUUAGUAUUCGACCCAGACUGCAGAUACGCACCUGGUGCGAGUCCUGAAAAACCCGGAAGGAUGUUUGAAGUCAGCGAAAAAAUCCAGAAGGAUUUCCCUGAUGUUUUCCGCUGUUAUCUUGGAGAACUAGAACGUUUUUCAGCAGAUAACUCAACCAUUUUCAGGUUUCCUCUGCGAAGUGAAGAAAUGGCGAUAGGGUCCAAAAUCUCGUCAAGGCCUGUAACACUAGAAAAACUGGACAGAAUGAUGGAGGAGCUGAAGAGAGAGUUAUUUGAAGUUCUUCUUUUCGUUGAUAACGUCAAAAAGAUAACCCUUUGUGAGGUCGAAAAAACAAGCGGAAAGCUGGUAGACUAUUACACAGUGGAAGUUACGUUAACAGAGGAGGACGAAGAAAAGAGAAAAUACUUUGCCGCGGUCAUCAAAGAGGUUGGAAACCUAAUAAAGCAAGGAAAAAUUCUCCCGACUGACAGUCCUGUUGUUAAAGUUUCCUACAUAUUGAAGAUCACUGAUAACCGUGGAAACGAAGAAAAGUGGCUAAUUGUCCAACAGAUUGGUUUUCAGGGGGAUGUUAAAAGCACCAUUGUCGAUGCCUUUAUGAAACAGAAACUCGGGAUGCUUCCUCGAGGUGGCGUUGCAUGCCUGUUGGAAAAAAAAUUCCUGGAAUCUCCUGUGCAAAGAAGAAAAAAGGCUUUCUGCUUUUUGCCCCUUCCGCUUGAAACAAAUCUUCCAGUUCACAUCAAUGGCCAUUUUGCGUUGGACCAUGAGUCAAGAAGAAACCUGUGGAGAGACGAAGCUGGUCAUGUUGGAUAUCGGAGCGACUGGAACAAUGCCCUAUUGGAAGAUGUAGUGGCCUCCUGUUACAUUGACAUGCUUGGUGAGGUGCAGAGGUUACUUGGCUUUGGUCUUAACCGUUCCACUGAAACUGAGGUUUUGGCAAAGAUACGUACUUUGGAGAGCCUUUUCCCCCAGAAACCGACUACGGAUCAGUACUGGAAGACACUCGUUGAUUCUGUAUAUCAAGAAAUAGAUAAAAAGAAGUUAAAUCUUCUACCAGUCGUUCGACACUCCGCUCAAAGGGGUAGAUCCUCCGUCGAUGUCACGUGGCUUCCGCCCACCGGUAUGGGAAAACAAAAGGCGUUCUUUAACAAUCUUGCAGAUGCUGGUCCCUUCGCGAAGAUACCUGAGAAGGAUAUGGAGGAGGCUAGAGAGAAACGAAGACAGAAAUUUGAGAGAAUGUUGCUAAGAAGUGGUUUCAACCUUGUUGCCUUUUCCAUGAAAAUGCACGAUUCAUUUAAGCGAUCUGGUGUUGCUACGUCUUGUAUCUCUGCUGGUGAUCUGAUAGAGUUUUACGGAACGUUUGGUUCUCACGACCCCUUAUGCACCAUUGGACCCAUUCCUUGUGACGUAAGUAAGACAGUGUUUGAAGAUGAAUAUGGAGUGAAACUCGUGCUAUUGUUCUGUAAAGAGGCCGAUGAUUUUCUCGACAAGCUUCCAGGCCUUCCACUUCUACUUACGCAAGACAAUUGUCUUCAGUUAUUUUCAAACGUAUACCCCAAGUUUCAGUCACGAUUUAAAGACCUUCUUCCUGGAUCUCCCCAAAUUUUCUUACACGAAGAAAUAUACUGGAAAGUAUUUUGCACCUCUGACAGUUCAAAGUUGACUGUCUUAAAACCGUUGGAUGCUGAUGCAUUUGCCACCAAUUUGGCUGAAACAUUGCCAAGGGAAACUUAUGGAAAAUCCAAUUAUGUUCAGUGGUCUCCAGCUCAGAAAGGAGUACCAAACCAACGAUGGAUAUGUAGGGUUUGGGAAUUCCUUUAUGAUAUUACACGAGAUGUAAUAAAUGACAAAGAAAUUGAUGAUGGAGGCAAAGUUCGUCAGGUUAAGGCCAUCAUUCAUCCCCUCCUCGACUGGAGUAUUCUUCCCGUUACUCAAAUAAGAAGCUUUGGAGUCCGUCAUCAAGUUGAUCACUUUCUUCUGCCAUUAAGGGGGGCACAGGGAGCGAUUGACAUGGCAAACGUCGAUGCGGCAAGUGCAAAACUGGUAAAGGUUUUGCGUAAACUUGGUAUCCCUGAACUUAACCAGAGAGCUCUUUCACAUACCAUUUCGGCAACCAUCAUGUAUUCAUCAUCGACCUCGCUAGCUGUAGCUCUUAUGCUGGUAUCUUCUCUAAAGGAUCCCUCGUCGCUUCUUGUAUCACUUCAACAAAAAUUGAUUUUAAACCAACAAGAAAUAAGAGAAAGAUUAGAGGAGUCCGACUGUAAAGAGAUCUUGGAGUACUUCUGUUCAAGUGUAAGCUGCCUUCGAGAAAGUGACCAAAGCAAUCUUAGGAAGCUUCCCUUUUACCUUGCAACAAACGGUGGCUUCAUGUCACUCGAAAAAGUCAAGGUGUCUGUCUUACCAGCUGGGGUACCACAAAACGAAAUUGAUGUUCUAGAGAGUGCAUUGGGGAUGGCAUUUGUGAAGUCAUGGGAAAAUGUCACCGAUUUGUUUAGAUUCUUGGAGCUUACGUGCAUCUCUGCUGUUGACGUGUACUGUGACUCGAUUCUGCCAAGUUUUAAUCUUCUAAGUGAGGAGGCAAGACAAGUUCACCUAGAAUAUAUUCGUGACACCAUUUUGACAGAUUCCACCGAAGGUGAUGAAGAAAAAGAAAGGUUACUCGAAAUCUUGAAAUGUACGCCUCUGAUUCCCUCAAAGAAUGGUACCUUGAAGAAGGCAUCCUGUGUAUACGAUCCCAAUAACGAAGUUUUCAAGGCCAUGCUUUCAUGCGAUUUCCCAUCAGAACCGUUUGACUCUCCCGAAUGGAUUUCGUUUCUACGACAAGUAGGCUUGGUCUCUGAGGUAUCUUCGGUUGAUUUUAAGAGAUUUGCAAAGGAAGUGGAGCAUGAAGCACUUACAGCGCAAACGGAGAAAACUCACGAGAAGUCUAGAACUCUGGUUGACCAUCUCAUCUCUCGACAUGAUGUAGUUGGUGAGGGCUUGUUGAAUGCCAUCCGCGAUAUCGCCUUUGUCGUUGCUGAUCCUGUAGCUCAUCAACUACAACAGUUAUGUCCACCUUUUAAGCAAAAGCAAGGGGAUCAAGUUCCUUACAUUCCGUUCAAAGGAGCAGUUUUUGCUGACUAUGAAGAAAUCGUUUGGACUCAAGCCCACUUGCUUCCAACCUGGGCGAAUCCGGAGUUCCGUCGGUAUCAACUUGGUCCACCCCCUCUCGCUUCUGUCGACAAAUACUGUGAUGCUUUUGUUUCGCAACUUCAAAUAAUUAAGAAGCCACCGAUAGAUAUAGUUGUUCGGCAUUGCGAAGUCUUAUGCCAUCACCUGGAAAACCUCCGAAAAUGCAAGCUUGACUUAUCUGAACAUCGUUGCCAGAUUACGAACGUCAUGGAACAAAUUUACAAGUUCUUACAAGAUAAUGCAGACGAAAGGGGUACAAUCGUCCUCGAAGUUACACCCUGCAUUUUGGUUGAAAAUGGAACGAGGUUCGUCAGGCCUGGUAAAGCGGUUCUCGAACUUCAGGUGAAAGACGAAAUUAAACCUUUCCUUUAUAGGGUUCCUCCUGAGCUUGGGAAAUUCCGAAAAUUGUUUCAAACCUUGGGAUGUGACGAGUUUGUUACAUGUGCCCAUUAUGCUGUGGUAUUGAAGAACUUGCAAAAGGAUUGUGGUGACGCAAAAUUACAUCCCAAUGAGCUGAAAAUGUGCUUCAAGGCGGUAAAGGGAUUCUUUGAGACGUUACAGGAGAAGUCCGAAGAAGCUUCCGCCUUGUCCACAUUGUCCACGUUGUACCUACCAGCAACGCCCUCAGGAAUCCGCUGCUUGGAAAAAAAUUUAAACACAAUUUCCGUCACGUUACACAAGUCCUCUGAGUUGGUAUUCAAUGAUGUACCUGCCUACGAGGAUCGAAUCAAAGAGCUCCACCAGCAUUUUUUACUUGAUCUUAAGCUUAUGAAGGUUAGAGUAACACUAACCAUGACCAACUUCAAAGAGCUGAUGAUGAAACUGCCUUUACAAUUACAGCCAAAGAUGCUCUCACUUGUUGUGAGAGAAAAGCUCAUUGAUGGUGUCUUCGUUAAAAGCUCAGUUUUCGAUUUAAUGAUGCUGCGACUUUGCACCCCACACUUUGGUCAGGGAAUCGCAAGGAUCAUCAAGCACGACAACUCUCAAAAGUCGGAUUUCGAUGAAGACGUUAUAGCUGAUAUCGAAAAGAGUCUCAAAAGAAUUCAGCUGUGCGCCGUGGAUAGUCUUAAAACGGCCCUUUUCUUAAAUGACAACCUAAUCCCAGGAAGCGAAAGAGAUACCAAGUCAUUCCAAGAGAAAUGUGAGAUACACGGUGAGGAGAAAUGCAUGGUGUACGUUAACGUGGUAAAUGCGACUAACGAUACCGAUUUGGCCAGGUCUUUGCUUUCGGGAGUUGUUAUAGAAAUGUAUGGUGACCUUCUUGGAAAGAGCGCUUACUUAAUCCCUAGUAUGUUGCAGUGCGCUCCUAAUGAAAUCUGGUCCCUGCUCGAUAAAUCGGACAUUCGACAAGACGACACCUGCAGUUUAGAUGGUAUGGAUAUCUUUCCUGACCCGGGAAGUUUCAUUCCAGUUGAGGACCAUCAUCUACUGAAUGACGCUUUUGGCGAUUUUGAACCUGGGGAAUAUGUCGGUUAUCAGCUUCACGACCCGAGUCUUCAGCUAGACAGAGGCGUUGCUACGUUCAUCUACGCCGUGAUUAUCGAAGAGGUUAUGGCCCAGGAUGUUGGCUGCAACGAAGACUGGGUUCUGCGUCUCGUUACCAAGGUGUACUCAGUGAACAUUGGACAUGAACACGAGCCGGUGGAGGUGACUGCAACCAAACUGUACAAAUUUUGCCGUUUUGAAGAAAUAUCUAAUGCGCAACGCAGAAAUAGGGAAGAUCGGGAAGAGGUCCUCCUUCAAAUCUCGACCAUUUUGGAAAAUGCAUGGAAAUGUGAUUUAUCAGAGGGUGAAAGAAGACAAAUUGUCAAACGGGUCAUUCUUCAGUGGCGUCCGGAGAAGAAUAUAGGAGAUGAAGAGUUCUGCUUUGAAGUUUCUAAACAUAUAAUUGACGAACUUUUCCGUCUAGGUGGAUCGCACGAAGAAUUUAACGACGCUUGUGUGGAGAUUGCUAAGGAACACAGAUUACGUCGUGAAGAAUACCAAGAAAAAGUGUUACAACGGUAUACAUCCCAAGACCACGAGCCAUGGCGAAAUGUCCCUCCCAGUUUUUCAAGUAGCAAUCCUCAACCUGGAGAAGCCGAGCGCUGGUACAAACAAGCCAAAGCUGACCUGGAGGCUGGGGGAAAUGAAAUUGACUCCGGCAAGCCCUCCUAUGAGUGGGUAUGCUUUAAAUGCCAUCAGGCAGCAGAGAAGGCAUUGAAGGCGGCUCAGUAUACAUUACAUGCUGAAAAGACAGAUGAUCACAACCUAAAUAGGAUUUGUAACGGCUUAAAUGACGCUGAGCUGGCCAACUUUGCAAGCCAGUUAGAGAGACUCGUUGGUGGCUCUGCACGAAUGCGUUAUCCAGAUUGUUUUACUUGUCCCCAAAUCCCCCACGAGGUUUAUUCGUCCCAGCAAGCUCGGGAAUCGUUGCAUCUUGCCACAGAAAUUGUCACACGAGUAAAACCCAAGAUUGACGAGGUAUUAAAGAACCGCCGGUAUUAGAGAAAGGGGGAUAUCAAUGUGACCUCUUUCCUGCAGGCUUAAGAUGAAACAUCUGGUGCAAGGAAAAUGACUCAAGAGAGAGCGUCCUGUUUUAUCAACCAGUAACUCGUCGUAGAUGUUAAAUCCAAAGUGUAUUUUGAAAUAGGCGUAAUUUAUAUCAAUCAUUAAUCUAUACUGAAGCAGAAUAAUCAUUUUCUUAGUGCUUUUUAUUUGGCAUAACCGUAGGGUACUAUGUAUCGGUAAAAUCAUUAUUCAAAAGAUAAAAGGAUGAACUAGUGUUGAGUUUUUUCUUUGUAGGGUGUCUUGUAGCCAAAUGCUAUGAAAAUUGAGAUUGGGAAGUUUAAUUCAAAAUGAGAAGUAGCACGAAUAAGCAGUUUAGAGACAGCCUAUUUGCAAAGGCAUGGGUUUUUAAUUAUUUCGGUACUAAGCUAUAGGGCUUCGUUCAUUUUUUCCCUUUCAUUAACCAGAAGUAUAGAAACAGGUAUUAGUCAAGAUUCAGUUUCCGGUGCUAUCUUGUUUACCUAGGAGAAAAGUCAUUCUUAUGAAGGCUCGUGAAAAGUUUACCCUCUGCUGUUUCGCUAGGUAAACCGCGGUAGACAUAAGUGGCUCUGUAGAAUAGAAAUGGCUUAUAGCAACAGGCCUGACGUAUUAUUAAUUGAAAGCAAAGAAGACUUGAGUAGUUAUAAAUGUACUUAUUUCUCAUCAGUUUAUUAAUGAUUAACUUUGUUGCAGAUUCUAGCAGUUUGUAUAUUUACAUCAGCUAGUUGGUUGGUUUUACUGUAUUGUGAACAAUGCACAUCAUUCAGGACCGCAGAUAGUUCCUUCACCUGGUCCUUCUUCUGUACCAACUUCUCAACGAUUAAUGAAGGAGGCUUUGGCGAUUGCCAUAACAGUGAUUGUCUAGUUCAGCAAUUUUUUGAACUAUUUUGUGAUAUAUGCAUUUCCUCUCACCGAGAACCAUGAUUAUGUAAAGUUUGAAACGAACAUCUCAUAAGACCUUCAUUAAUCAACCAUUUUAGUCUGAUAAGUAAAAACAGCUAUUAUCUAGGUCUUACAGACUUUACGUGUCUGAUCGUCACUGAAUGAAAACUGCAGCAGCUCAUAUUAACAUUCUGUUACCAAACGGAGUCUGCUCCUCUUGUAUUAUAGUUAAAACUAGUUUUUCUAAAUUAAAAAAAAAUGAAAAUAUGACUAA